AUGACCAUUGAUGAACCUGCAGAGCCCAGUCCUUUCCCAGACCAAAUCUUGGAAUGGUUCGGAGGUUCUAAUUUCUCCUACGAUUCAUCGUUUCUUGAUUGCCCUUACGAUUCCAACGACCAUUUCUUUGGAGAUUCCGAUUCCUGGUGGGAUCAAGGUCAAAGUCUAGAGAUUCUGCACAAGAGUGAUGAUAAUAAUAAUAAUGGUGGCGUUUCUACUUCUUUGAACAGCUUCUCUAGUGUUGUCACGACCGCUGCUGCCGAGGUGCCUGUUGUGUUGGAUCAUCCUGCCGCCCAGCCGCCGGUGGAUAGGAAGCGGAAAGCUCGUGAUGAUGGGGAGGCAGAGGUGGAGGUGGAGCAGGCGGCGGCUCCGGGGAGAAAAGGCGGUGGGAACAGGAAAGGGACGAAUAAGGCAGGAGGGAAUGGUAAUAGUAACAAUGGUGGGAACAAGGAUGGGAGGUGGGCUGAGCAGCUGCUCAACCCUUGCGCCGCCGCGAUAACGGCCGGGAAUAUGAACCGGGUUCAGCAUCUCUUGUACGUUCUCAGUGAGCUGGCCUCCCUGACGGGCGACGCCAACCACCGGUUGGCCGCCCACGGCCUGCAAGCGCUGACGCACCACCUCGGCUCCGGUUCCUCGUUCGCCGGAGUAACUACUUUCGCGUCAACCACUACAAAAUUCUUCAGGGAGUCGCUGAUGAUUUUCAACGACAUAAAUCCGUGGUUUCGCAUCCCGAACAGCUUUGCUAACUCGUCGAUCCUCGAAGCUCUGGCGGAGGAGCAACAGGAUCGGCCCAGAUGUCUUCACAUCCUGGAUAUCGGAGUUUCCCAUGGAAUCCAAUGGCCGACGCUUCUAGAAGAGCUUACUCACCGCCCGGGAGGGCCGCCGCCGCUGGUUCGUCUCACGGUCAUCACCCCCACCGUCGACAACCACCUGAGCAACACUACUCCAUUUCUGAUUCCUCCAUCAGGUUACGAUUUCUCCCCCAAUCUUCUAGGGUUUGCCAAGGCUAUUAACAUCAAUCUACAGAUCAAUAUCCUAGACAAUCUGCCGCUUCAAAACCUAGGCGCCCACGUACACACCAUCAAAUCCUCACAGGAUGAGAUUCUGAUCGUGUGUGCACAGUUCAGACUCCACAAUCUGAACCACCACGCCCCGGACGAGAGAACGGAGUUGUUGAAAGCCCUAAGGAGUCUGGGGCCGAAAAGAGUUGUUCUGAGCGAGAACAAUGCGGAGUGCAGCUGCAGCAACUGCGGGGACUUCGCCGCUGGAUUCUCCCGGAAAGUUGAGUACCUGUGGAGGUUUUUGGAGUCGACUAGCAUGGCGUUCAAGGGGCGGUGGAAUGAGGAAAGGAGGAUGAUGGAAGGAGAAGCGGCAAAGGCGUUGAUAAAUACGGGAGAAAUGAACGAGAGAAAAGAGAAAUGGUGCGAGAGAAUGAGAGGUGUUGGGUUCGCGAGGGAGGAGUUCGGAGAGGACGCCAUUGAUGGAGCUCGAAUGCUGCUCAGAAAGUAUGAUAACAACUGGGAGAUGAAAGUGGAAGAGAAAGAUGGGUGCGUGGAUUUAUGGUGGAAAGGCCAACCACUUUCCUUUACCUCACUCUGGAAGAUGGACCCUAAUCAUGCUUUUCAGUAGUAGCUAGCUAGCUCUAUACUUCUAUUUCUCAUUGUACUCUGCAUUUUAACAAAUACUUGCCUAUGCCUAUUGAGUUUUCAAUCCAAAACCAUGCUAA